GGCAAAAAAAAUUUUUUUUACUCAGAAAAUAAAAUAAAUAAAAUGACAUCAAGAGUUGUCUUUUGUUUGGUUUCUCUUGGAAUGUUAAUUUGCCUGGCUAGCCUUAUUGAAGGCAUCGGAUUUCCAGGAGGCGGAGGAGGUGGUGGCGGUUGUGGUGGUGGAGGUGGUGGAUGUUCAUCAUGUGGAGGAGGCGGAGGUGGAUGUGGGGGAGGAGGUGGUGGUGGAUGUUGUGGACGUAGAAAGCGUGAGACAGCCGUCCAGCCCCAUUACAAAGCUGACGAUACCCCUUGCCCACAAGUUGCAUGGAAACAAUUGCUUGAGGAUGGAAUAAACGAGAACGACGCUAUCGCCUCCGUCAAUUCAAUCCAAACCGCCCUCUUCCGGCGUUACGAAACUGAGCAAAAAUUCCUCGUAGUCUGUGCAACAGCAGAUGAAGCUAAAGCUGGGGAUGCUACAGCAAAUAAGGUGCAUUUUAGCAGCAGCGGGGAUGGAUAUUGCAAUGUUGUGAAGAAAAAUAUUUGGUGUCAAGCAGUUGCUUUGAGUGCUUAG